GGCCGGUCAGGGUGCGGCGGGCCCGCGGGGUGGCUCCGCGGGCGGGCUGCUGUCGGGGCUCCGGGCAGGGCAGAGCAUCAGCCCGCGGGCGGCCGGCGCCGUGCGGGGCGGCUGAGGCGGCCCGAGUCCGACAGUGCUAGUCCGAGCGGCGGGGGUGGCCUUCAGAAUCUGACGAAAAAGCGCUACUUGUGCUCAGCCGGGCAACUUCCUAUUUUGUCCGUCCCUUCGCGGUCGCUGGGAGGCAGAGGCAGGCCCCUGCUAAACCAAACGCCCGUUCUGCAGCUGAGAGUGCACUCAGUUGCCAGGGACACUAAACAGAAAAAAACAAUAUGAAUUCACCCACUUUUGGGUGAAAGGUGACCUGGACUGCUGUCUGCUUCCUGAACAGUUUCUUUAUUAGGUGGUGGUGAACAAGAUAGGAAGAUCAUUCCUUCUCCAGCAAUCUUUCAUUUUCAAAAGAAUUUGCUGAAUGAAUCUCCUUAGAAAAGACUGGACAGGCUGAAUGUCAAGUGAAUGGAGAUAAAUAACUGCAUUUUCUGCCCAUUCUUAUUGAGAAGGAAAUGUUCAGCAAUUUGAUUUGGAUGUUUAUUCUACUCUGCAGCUCUGUAGCAGAUGAAAACUCUAUCAGAGAUGCUGACAUUUUUCCUUCAUCUCCUGUAAUUGAAAGAGGAUCCUCCCUGGAACUAUCCUGUGUUCUUAGAAAGAACUACAUGCCUCAGAGAAAUGCAAGCCAUAUCAUCUGGAAACUGAAUGAUACAUUGAUUGCUCCAGAAAACUAUAACAUUGUGAAUGAGACUGUAUCUAAUGUAACCAUUCAUAAUUUCACUCAUAGCAUAGCUUAUGUGAAUUGUUCCAUAAAGUACUUGGACGAGGAACUACCUUUGGCUUACACAGAAGUUAAAUCUGGGUUUCGUCCAGACAUUCCAGAAAAUAUUUCUUGCAUUUAUUUCUAUGAUGCUAACCUUACCUGUACUUGGAAUGUAGGAAGAGAAACAAGUCUUACAACAAACUAUACUCUUUAUCGAAAACAGAUGCAUUCUCAAUAUUCAGUCAAGUCCUGCCAGAAUGCAACGGAGUCGUGUUCAUUUUUUCCUCCAAACAAUGCUUAUAAUAAUGAUUUUUGUUUUCAGGUGGAAGCUAAAAAUGUUUUGGGUGAAUCCUUAACAGAAUGUGUUCCUAUACCUCUGCAAAAAAUAGAGAAAUUUGCCCCUCCUGAAAUACUUUCAGUUAAAAAAAUCCCUGGUAUAAAGCAAUUACUUACAGUAACCUGGAAAAUGCCUGAGAAGAUUAUCCCGUUAAAAUCCAUAAUUUGCCAGCUUCAAUACAGAAACUUGUACUCAAACUUUACCGAAUUUGUCAAUGUCUCACUGAAUUCUAAGAAGGGUCAUGUAAUAGGAUCAUGUAAUCUCACAGGUCUGUGGGACUCCACAGACUAUUCUGUUGCCAUUCGGUGUAUCAAUAAUGAGUCAGUAUUUUGGAGUGGAUGGAGUGGGGAGAAAAAUGGAAGCACAGAAGAAAAAGCUCCUUCAGGAAAAGUGGAUUUGUGGAGAGUAAUUGAGUCUUCACACUCAUCUGGAAAUAGAACUGUACAUCUUUUGUGGAAACCAUUAAAAAGUUUUCCACCUUCUGGGAGAAUUCUAGGCUACAAAAUACAGUAUUUUCCAGAAAAAAAGCCUGCACAUAAAAGGACAAACAACUCUACUGAAAAGAAAAUCACCUUACUUUUAAAUGAAGAGGCACAUAUAAUAUCUGUCACUGCCUAUAACUCUGCUGGAGAGUCUCCUGAAGCUAUUUUGAGGAUUCCAUCCAUUGAUGAAAAACCUUAUCAGGUGAUUGAAACAGUGAUGACCUCUACAACAAAUGAGGAAGUGGUGGUGCAAUGGAUAACCUCUGAACCAGAAACAACCAAAUAUGUGGUUGAAUGGUAUGAGGAAUUGGAGAUGGACCCUUUCAGUAGAUCGUGGCAAUAUGUAUCAAACUCUACAGAGUGGAAAAAUAACAAAAAAAACUUUAAACCAUUUAUAUGCUAUAACAUCUCGGUGUAUCCUCUUUAUGGAAGUAAUGUAGCAGCUCCAUCUUAUGCACAAAUCUAUGCUCAAGAAAAAGAGCCAUCAGAAGGACCUGUGGCUGAUACAGGCAUUCCAGGGAAAAAUGAAGUUACAAUAAAGUGGAAUGAGAUUUCAAAGGCUAAAAGAAAUGGAUUUAUCACUAACUAUACAAUAUUUUAUAAACCUGAAGAUGGAAAAGAAUUGAAUGAAACAGUGAACUCUGAUGUUCUGCAAUACAGACUGAAGUCAUUACAGGCUAAUACACAAUAUACUGUUCAGAUCAUGGCAAGCAACAAAGCUGGUGGAACCAUUGGAGAGCAAAAAAUCUUCAAGACUUUGAAAUUUGAUGAAGAAGAUUUCUUUUUUAUUGCUAUACCUGUUGGGGUAAGCAUGUUGUGUCUGAUAGGCCUUUGGAUAACAUGCGUUUUGAAAAAACACGCGUUUAAAAAGGUUUGCUGGCCUGAUAUUCCAAAUCCUGAAGAGAGCCUUGCAGUGGAAUGGCCUCUUGCUUCAUCUAUGAAUAAUUCAUUUUUGAAGAGAGUGUCAUCUCAGACUAAAAGUGUAGACUUUGAAGACAUCAAUGUUUUGGAAUAUUGUUUUCCUGAAGAAAGUCAGGAAGGAUCACUACUAAUAAAUUAUGAAAAACAUGUUUCUGAAUGUACUGAUAUUAAUACAAAAGACAUAACUAACAGAGAUGAAAAGAUACUGCGUAAUGAGGAGAAUGAAGUUGCUAAAUGUUUUUCCCCAUCCAUGCCAUAUAUAAUUGCUGAGCAAUUUACCAGAAGUCAAGUGCAUUCAGCUUUGAUACCAGUGAAAGAAGCCCAACCCAUAGAAAUGGUUGGAAAUGUUUUGUGUGGAUCCCAACAGAAUCCAAUUAAAAAUGAAGAAAAUGAUGAUGAAGACGUUUUAAAGCUGGAAGAUUUCAGUGAAAAAGCACUGUUCAAUCCAUACCUUAAAAAUUCGGUUAAAACACGGGAAUUUCUUGUUUCUGAGAGCUUGCCAGAACAUAGUAUUGAUGAACACAAAAGCCAGUCAAGUGUCUCGUCUCCUUUUCAACCAAAUGUUCCAGGACAAUCCUACAUAACACUGGACAUGUUCAGGCUGGCCAAAGCUCAGUAACGUGAGAAAACUCCAUCGUAAAAUCCUCCUGUGAGAUAUCCCUUGGCACUGCUGCUCAUAGGCAUUCAUAUAUUCUACCAUGGCUGAUCUCAGUUAAUUAGGAUGGGAACACCCUCUUCCUUCAAAUAGCUGUGAAGUAAUUUUUUACACUGUAUGUGUACAUGUCAGAGUGCACUUUCAGUGUGGUUGUUUGGGGUUCUUGUUGGUUUGUUUUUUCAUUUUGAUUUGUUUUUUUUACCAGACAUGCCAGUAAUGAGGAAAAAGAAAUAGGUUUUGUUAUUUCUUCUUAGUUCUCCUGUAUCAACCUGCUAAAACAAACCAAUAUUUGCUGCAGGAGCACCCAGCAGUACAAGCAGCUCAUCUCUUUCUCCCCACACAACCAGUUUCCAAGGCUCAGCUUUGAUGGGGAAACAUGGGCGAACUUGAACAGUCAGAAUCUGCUGAAUCCUUCCUUCAGUUACAUGAAGAAGAAAUACUUUCCUGUUCUUAUUUCCCUUGAUUGUUUUUUAUCAGGUUUUAUAUAUCAUGUUCCUCUUGUUAUACAAAUAUUUGCUGGAUUUCAGAAGUUGUCUUUUGUUAUCCUGACUCCUGAAUUAAUAGUUUGGCUUAUAGUUUCUUGACUUUAAUGAGAGCAUAUUUGUUAUGUUAUCUGCAUUUUGGAAAAUGUGUUAUGCUUGCUAUGUUGCUUCCUUUCCUUGCUCAUGUUUUUAAUAGUCCUCAGCAUUUUGUGCUGUUUUUGUUUCUCCUGUUUGUUUCCUGCUUUUUAAAACUGCUUACUGAAGACUAAUUUCUUAUCAUCUUGUUCCUGUGCUUCUAAUUUGUUUCAAUUUAAAACUGCGUUUCCCAGUUGAGAUUUUGAUAUUUUGAACUGAAAAAAAUCAACUAAAUAUGUCAUCUUGUGUUAGAAUAAGCACUAAGAGUUAGGAAAUUAUUUUUCAGGGAGGUAAUGAAUAAACACUAAGUCUAUAAAAUCUUCACAGAUACUCUCUGGUAAUUGAUUUAGGAUUAGGUAUUUCUACAUGAAGGAUAUAACAUUUGUAAUUUGUUUUAUAAUAAAUCUAGUUGUAGUUUCCAUUUUACAAAUCAGCAAUUAAGCAGUAAAACACUCGAUCACACUAAUUUUUAUAACAAGAAAGAGGCCAUUAUUAGAAAACUCUAACUGAAAUACUCUGCUAAAAAACAGGUUUAAAAAGAUGGAGAGUCUUAAGUAAAUUGUAUUAGAAGGGGAUGUUCAGUAUAACACAUAUGGAGGAUAUGGUAAUUUUAAGAGUUUGAAGUAUUUUUGCAGUACUUAGAGGUGUGAUGUCAUUAUUCUUGUUUGCACAAGACUGUAGUUUGCACAACUACAGAUCUCUUCCAGGGUAAGAAAGAUACAGGAGUUAUGGGGAUAGAAAAAUGAGAGACAAAUGUGAAUAGGAUUAGAAAGCCUUUCCUUUCUGUGCAGGAAGAGGAGUGGAAGAAUGGAAAAUACAUUGUAAGUAUGAAUGAGGAAGCUGAGCCUUUCCCUGGAUGCAGUGGCUAUUACUUGCCUUGUUUUGGGAAAAACAGUGUGAAGUUUUGCAUUUAGGAAGCUACUUUAACUUAGAACAAUGUUCCUCUAAUUGCCCAGAAAGGAUGGGAAAACAAUUUCUGCAAAUGUUCCUUAUGCAGAAACACUGAUUUCCCUUUCUUAUGUUUGUUGGAUCACUUUCUCAACCAGUGCUCCAAGAUGAAGUGCAUAUAUAUUUGCUCUUUUAAGCCCUUGCUCACUUAGGUAAGACAUACUCUGAAAUUAGGACAAAUCUUUGGUUAGAUCAGGGCUUUUUUCUGCUGCUUCAUUUGGUUCUAGACUUCUCACUCACAGCUAUGUUGUUGUCUCCCAGGCUCAGAACUCACUGAUUCUAUCACAGCAGUUUUUUCCCUUAAAUCUCAGUGUUUAUUUUAAUAUCACAAUAUAUAAAAGUGAACACAUGCAGAGAUAUUUUGGGCCUUUUUAGAAAUUGUUUAACAGCCAUAUGAAAGUUGCAUAUUCUUAGUUGCAUGUUUGAGACUGUAAAAAGUAAAAUAACACAACCUUUAAGGGAUUGUUGGGAGGUUCUUGCUAGGUGGCUCGGGCAGGUUAUCCUUGUCAUAAUUCUUAGGUUUUGGAGGCUGAAUAUAUCCCUUUUUUAUCCCACUUUAUUUCCUUCUCUACUGAUAUUCUGCUUUUCUCUCCUCAUUUUUCUGCUUUCCUUCCCCAGGAUUUUCUCAGAAAAAGCAAAAUGCUAGAAGUGGGCUCAAUACAUUCCAGAAAGUAAGGCUGCCUUUUGCACAUGCUUUGGAAUGAAAGAUUCUGGCACUUGGUUUGUUUUGCAUUGGGAGUUGUACUCUUUCUGACCUUUUGCAGUUUGUCUUUCAAACUAACACUGUGAACCAUUAAAAAAUUAAAACUGAGAAAACGUGUAAAAUUUUUUAUUGAUUUAUACUAAAUACACAAUUUAUACAUUUUAGAUUUUCAUAUUCACAUAGAAUAGGUCUCACUUUGGACUGUUUUAUAGGGUCACAAGAGAGUGCGCUUUAGUCAUAGUAAUUUUCUGCAGCCACAGUUUGAAUUUUCUCUGAAUGUUCAACAACAAAAAUAUUAUUCCACUUAGGCUGCUUUUCAGGCAAGAAAAAUAAGUUUCCAAUCAAUUUGUUAAUGAAACAGGUACUUACUAAUUCCUCUGAGCAGACAGUGGUCUGAAAAAAUCAAAAGGAGCUCAAUCCAGGAGUUGUUUGUUAAGGCCAAGGACUAAUGAGCAUUUCUCAAAUUACAGUGUGGCUGGUGAGGGAGUGUGGGAUGCACCACUACAAUCCACCCCAUGAACUAAAGCCAGCUCCUCUGGUACCCCAGGAAGCCUUACAGCCUUGGGACAGGGUGGCAGGAAAGCUUCCCCGUGGAAAACAACCUGGGGGUGCUGGUGCCAGCAGCUGAACAUGAGCCAGGGUGUGCCCAGGGGGCCAAGAAGGCCAAUGGCAUCCUGGCCUGGAUCAGCAAUGGUGUUGGCAGCAGGAGCAGGGCAGGGAUUGUCCCCCUGUCCUGGGCACUGCUGAGGCCACACCUCGAGUGCUGUGUCCAGCUCUGGGCCCUGAGUGCAAGAAAGGCACUGAGGGGCUGGAGUGAGUGCAGAGAAGGGCAGUGGAGCUGGGCAGGGUCUGGAGCACCAGUGCUGUGAGGAGCAGCUGAGGGGGCUGGGGGUGUUUAUCGUGGAGAAAAGGAGGCUCAGGGGUGACCUUACUGCUCCCUGCAACUGCCUGAAAUGAGGGUGUGGCCAGGUGGGCUUGGCCUCUUCUCCCAAGUAACAAGUGCUAGGAUAAGAGGAAAUGGCCUCAAACUUUGACAGGAAGGGUUUUGAUUAGGUGUUGGGAAAAGUUUCUCUACCAAAAGGCUUGUCAAGCACUGGCCAGGCUGCCCAGGGAAGCAUUUAAAUCACCAGCUUGGGGGUGUUUAAAAGAUGUGUGUAAGUGGCUCUUGGGGACAUAGUAAAUGGUGAAAUUAGCAGAGCUGGGUUAACAGUUGGGCUCUAUGAUCUUACAGGUACCUUCCAACCUAAAGUCAUCCAUGAUUAUAUAGGGCACAUGCAAAACAUAAUCCACUUUAUUGAUGUUAUGUUUUCCCCCAGGGCAGAAAGGAGCUGAGAAUUUAAUGAGAUCUGAAAUCUGGUCAGACUUCUUGUAGGUGCAGCCGUGCAUACCAUUCCUAAACAUAAAGAUUACAUUAGAAUCACCUCUGUGGUUUUCUAACCUACUCAAGACACUAAUUUCUUGCUUGUUCAGAGCUUUUUUCAGCUAGUUGUCCAUUACUUGUAUUAGUAUUUGAUCUCCCCAGCUUCUUUCUUGUUUCCCUAAUGGUUGUUAGACCUUACAUGAGGAGCUGUUCAGCUGCCAUGUAUUAUGCAUUCUUGCUGUGAGAAGAAAAUACGUUGCACAUGCACAGUUAAGGAAAGUUGAAAUGCACUUUCUUUCUUUAGUGUUUGCAGAAGCAGAACACUUCCAAAUGUAGACUUUUAAGAAAAGGAGAGGAGUUGGCCCUCUCACUGCUGCAAAGUUGUGUAGCUUCAUCAAAAGCUGAUACAGAUCAGAUAUACACAUAUAUCAUAUGCAUCUACAUAUUUUCAUCUGUGUAACUACAGACUCCUUUGAGAGGCUGUUGAAGUGCUUGUGUUCACCUGAGCAUAUUCAUGUGUGCAUGUGCCUGAGCCCAGACACAGUGAGGUGUCAAUUAAUCUAGUUUGUGCAGGAGUACCCACAGAAAAGGAAGUUGUUUAUGUGGUUUAUAUUGCAUAGUGUCAUUCACCAGCACAGACAGCACUACAGGCUGCUUCACUGCUGGGAUCCUCUGUUUGGUAUUGUGCAUGGAGUCUACCAUAAAAGCCCACAAGGUCUUCGCCCUUGACCAGUUACCCUAGCCCAUGUUACUGAAGUAUCUGUUGCUUUUAGAUGGAUGUUCCUUGUUUCUGAGUCUCCUGUGUGAGAAGGUGACUGGUUCCCUCCAUUCACAGUUUGGUGCAAACCAACACUCAGACAAUCUGGAUGCUCAGGAAGCUUUAGACACACGGAGGCUCAAGUCCAGAGCUACAGGGUAGGAGUAUCAUCCAUUGCUCCCACAAUACAGGUAAUUGCUAAGAUCAAUAGUAAGAUAAUAACCUUGAUGCCUUGUGAUUGCAGCUCUCAUGGAUAAGCUGAGUAGAUCUGUGCAGGCACAACAACCUUAGGGUAUCAAUACUGGGCUAGUGUCAUUUUAAAAUGACACUGAAAGGCUGGCAGAACAAAUUCCAGAGACCAUGCUCUGUGCAGCCUCAGAUGAACUGUGGAGCACACAUUGUGAUGUGGUCAUGAAAGCAAGGUUUGGUCUGGUGUUUUUUUGCAGUUGAAUGGUACCAAAUCCUUUGGCCUUAUGUUGCCAGAGUUAUUACAACAGGAUUAUUUCUUAUUACAAAAAAGAUAAUGAGUCAACUAAAUUUCAACCUCAAAGAAAUAUCAGGCUUUAAUUUUGAACUCUCCCUUGAUGAAUUAGAGUAAGACACCUUUGUUAUAUCAGGGGUUUCAUGUAUUGGGUUGUAAGAUUUUAGCUUGGCUCAUCUAGAUGUCAAAAUAUAAAAUACCAAAUAUUUAAUAGCACAGUGUUUGGGAAGUAAUUUGUGUAGCAAGCAGUGCAAUUUUAAUUCUCAGUAGUCACACAAAACAGUGUUUUGAAUAAAAAAAUCAUGCUCCUUAGGAUUGUAAGAGGUAAUUUGUCAAUAUUUAUUCAAUAGCUUUAUCUUUUGCUAGUAGCUAUUCUGAAACAGUCAGAUAAGAUAACUUGCUAAAGAUCACUCAGAAAUAACACAUACAGCUUACAUACUAUAAAUUAUUUAAGGCUUUAUGAAAGCUUCUUGUGAACAGAUGAAGUGGAUACUAACUUAAGCCAUUGUCUGAAUUGCUUUGCUCUUGUAUCAAUCUGCUGCAAAGAUAGUAGAAGUUUUGUUGCACUGCUCUGUGUUAUUGUCUGGCAUAUUGGUAAGAGGAGGCAAGGCAUAUUCUCACUGCAGGUGAGUCUUCAGCCCAUACAAAUAGGAGCUUAUUGCAAGUACAGGUAGUUGUUAAUUGCAGCCUCUUGUCUCUCCUGGCGCAGCAACAGUAAAAUAUGCAGUGACCUUAUGGUGUUUCUACGGAAAGGCUGGAAAGAUACUACUUUUGCCUCCUUGCAUAACUAAUGGAAUUUUUAUGUCCUGUGAACAAAGGAUGACGUUUGUAAACAGAGCUGACAAAAAAUCAUUAAGCAUUCUGUUUGGAGCAUGACCUGUUCUUAGUCAUACUGUUUAUUAGAUGUAUUUAUUUCAAAAUACUAUUUGUACUCUUCUCGUGCACAUGUUGUGUUUUGCAAUCUGAGAAUUUCUGAAGAAGGCUCUGAGCAAAAUAGUGUCAAUUUCAUCAGUUAUGUCUUUCUUUCUGCUUAGUAUUUGACAAAAGUGUAAUUAUUCUGGUGGGCUUGGACUAAUUUGCCUGCUCUUUUACUGGGCUUUGUAAUGAUUACUUUGUUUGCCUUUCUUCUUAAGAGUAAAUAGUCAUUUUACUGCUGUCUCACUAUUUAAUUAAGAACACUGUUUUAUAGAGGUCUCAGAACAUGAAUGUGAAGAGUUACAAUCCAAAAAUGGGAACCAAUGUUUGACAAACACAUUCUUCUGUGAGAUUUUAAAAAUAUAUAAAUUAUCAAGAAUACCAAAACAUGAAUAGAAACAUACUUAUGCAUACUUAUGCUGUAGAUUUAUCCUAUCAGUAUCCUAACAGGAUACUUGAAAAGUGUGAUUAUUUAGUGCUGCCUGUUUGUAGCAGACCGGAGAAAAGAUUAAUGGCUCAAAACAACUGAAGUGUGUGUUCAGAGCAGGGAACAGGGCAAGUUCUGGGUAGGUGGUGCAGCCACUGCUCCAUCCCCCACCCACUGGAGCCUCUGGCCCAGCCCAAAGCGGCUACCAAAAAACUGCUCUACAACUUCCUUUUCUCAAAAUCUGUGCUACUUCAAAUUGGAGUUUGCAAAGCAAGUGCUUUGUGAAAUGCCUUACUUUAACUGGAUGUUACUUUAAAAUUUGCAAAUAAAGGUUUGCUAUUCGA